AUGAUGGUCGAUAUCGAAGAUCGACUCUAUCCUGUCACGGCCGAAGACUGCAACACACAGCUCCAGGCCCUCAAGACCAGACACCGGGACGUCUCCCUUGAAGAAAUCGCUCAAGUCGUCAUGAAGGCCCUGAACAGGCCACUGACUGCAGACGACAAGAUGCUCCUAGAAGCCCCUGCUAACAUUGACGACCCGGAACGGUGGCUGGCAUGGUUCACCCGGGCCCUGGCGACUUGUGAAGAAGCCAGGACUGCCAAUAGGAACUUUGAAAGCAACCGGGGAGGAAUCGUGGCAACUACACGAUGUGCAAGGAUGGAGCGCAAGGGACUUGGCCUGUGUCGGAAAGCGUUUGCGCCGUCCUGCCUGGACCUGGACCCAUAUCAGCAGGCGUCGGCGGCAAGUAUCCGGCGUCAACGACUCCGACGAGCCGAGCUGAAGCGCACCUCUAUGAGCGAACAGGCCAUGGAACCGGGCCUGGCGGCUCAGGAAGAUAACAAACCUGUUGGCUGGGCACAUUACGCCUGGCCAUUUGCGGCUGAGGACCUGGACGUGCUUCUGGACGCCGCCCCUGGAAGACAGGAGGCCGUCCUGCCCAAGCCGAACGCCACCUUGGCCGGAGUCGUAUCUCCCUCGGAAGCUCCUAUCAUCCAAGUGUAUGUGGACGGACGCUUGACCACUGCCCUGCCUUGCGGCUCCGGGGCGUCCGAGGCACCUCGACAGGAUGAGUUGUGGUAA